ACUAUUUUUUUUAUCCGCUUAAAGAGCGAGGAGGCUCCAUCAUCAUGGGCUGCAGGGGUAACUUGCAUGUCCAUGCAUGACUGUUAAUUAGGAAAAGUGCACCUCGGAGUUCUUUCUUCUGCUCCCGUUAGACGAAUUAUGUGAAGUUAUCUUUACUCUUCCCACGAAAGAGGCAAAGCAAACUUACCGAGGCGCAAGUGCUAAUAUAUCCACAGCGCGCUCUGGAAACAUAACUCAGCAGUCAUCACGUCGCUGCAAGAGCAUGGCAAAGUCCUGGCUCCAGUCUCGCCCACCCUGCACUGUCCCGACUCAAAUCACAAAUCAGCAUACUUCCAGCAAAGCUUGCUGAACAGGACUGUGGGAAAGCCAUGCUCUCUGGUUCUUGGCGGCGCUCUUUCGGUCAUCAGCAGCCUGCUGCAGGAUCUGUAGUGAACACCAGGGGGAUGACGGUGUGUGGAGUCCCCAGUGGUACGGUGGUCCUCGAGGCCCAGUAUGACUACAGCUACCGUGGAGCAGACGGACGGCAGGUUUGCAUACGGGAAGGUGAACGCUUUAUUCUCCUGAAGAAGACGAAUGCUGAUUGGUGGCAGGUGCGGAGGAUCGGGGCGGCCAGUAAAGCAAAGCCGUUGUAUGUUCCUGCCACAUAUGUGACGGAGGUACCUAUUGCGCCCAUGCCCUCCCCUCAGCGGCUGACUGCAACUGCCUCUUUAAACACAAACUUUAGGAUACUGCCACGGGUGUCACUGUCUCCCAGCCCAACAGGAGCUACAAAUAAUGAACAGCGGCAAGUGAACAAACUCCUCUAUCACUCCAUGGAAAACCUCAACUCCAACAGUGCCUUCCAAGGUCUGAAAAACAACACCAGCGUGGAUAGAGGUCACUUCCCAACUUUGCCCCUUUCUGGAUUCACCUUUGCUUCCAACUCACCCACCUCCUCAUCGGGCCACCUUAUGGUCCCUGGGUCUCAAGCUACUUCCACAGCACAAACAGCACCUACAAAUCCCAGGGUAGUUCCCACAAUCACCCGGAGCCAGAGCUCAAACAACCUGCCUGAAAACCUGAUGGAGAAUCCAUAUGAUGAGGUGGGCGGUGGCUUCAGCAGUCGCACAAACCACAGGAUUCCCAAGAAGUCUUGUAGCCAAUGGGAUGUGGCAGGAGCUUCAGGCAAGAACAACCAUCUGCAGGUUCCAACAGAGUCUUAUCUCUCCCAGCUGUCCUGGCAGGACUCUCCACUUUAUACUGAAAAGCAGACAGAGAAGCGUCAGUCACAGCCAGAGCCACCUAGCCCCGCUCCAGGUGAGCAGCCUCUUCAGAUCUUGGGCCUAUGGGAGCAGUACUCUGACGCGACCACAGGCAGAUGGUACUAUGUCAACAGCAUUACCAAAGAAAGGUCCUGGAAACCUCCUCGCCGGGCCCGUGGUCAAUUUACCAACCAGGCCGGUCCAGGACAACCUCAGACGUUACCCAGGGACACCAGCCAUCUGUCACUAUCGCUUACUGCAGCAGGAAAUGGAACAACGCACAGGCUGUCACCUGAUUUCCUCUUUGGGAGCCACCAGAGGAAUCCUGACAAUGGCUGGCAGAUGAAAAAGAGCAUGCAGCGUGCCGCCUCCUCUGACACCCUGAGCACGAUGGCAUUUAGUGACACCCGUACCCAGUGCCAUGAUUCUGCACCCCAGCAUGAUGUCAAGCAGCAACUCAACCACUCCCAGUCCAUGAUCCUGCCUGACAACGGCAAGCUGGUCCAGCAGUGCAGAGAUUACUCCUGCAAUGUGACCAACAUCGUUGUGGAGCCUCCGUCUCCUGCGAGCUCGCCGGACAGUGAUGGCUGCACACCAGAGCUGGAGAAAGCAGGCCUGCUGAACAAGACAAAAAUUGCAGAAGGUGGCCGAAAACUGAGGAAAAAUUGGAGCCCUUCCUGGGUGGUGUUAGUGGGGAACAGUUUGGUUUUCUUCAAGGACCCCAAAUCACAGACACCUUCUAGUUGGAAACCGGGAAACAGUCGUCCUGAGAGCAGUGUGGAUUUAAGAGGAGCAAAACUGCACUGGGCCAACGAGCUGUCCAGCAAGAAGAACGUCUUCAAGUUGAGGACUGUGACAGGCAACGAGUUUCUUCUGCAGUCAGAGACGGACUCGCUGAUCAGAGAGUGGUACAGCACCAUCCAGAAUGUCAUCGACAGGCUGGACCGUGAAAAUCCGUUAGACAAUGUCCUUCUGUACUCUCUGAGGAGGGCGGGCAGCGUGGAGAUGCUGGACCAAAGCGGUGACGAAGACGACAGGCGACCGUCUCUCCCUCGCUCGACGUCCAACUUGGAAAACACAGAGAGGAAAAGAGUGAAGACGCGGCUGAAGAAGCUGAUCCUAAAGAGACCUCCUCUACAGGCCCUGCAGGAGAAAGGGCUCAUUAAAGAUCAGGUGUUUGGAUGCAGUCUGGAGAUGCUCUGUGAGAGGGAGAGAAGCACCGUCCCUCGCUUCGUCAGACUUUGUACUGAAGCUGUGGAAAGGAGAGGUCUGGAGACCGACGGCAUCUACAGAGUAUCAGGAAACCUGGCUGUGAUACAGAAACUGCGCUUUCUGGUGAACCACGAGCGAGCGGUGACGACCGAUGGCCGUUACAUGUUCCCAGCGGAGUUGGUACAAGAGGAGAAGUUGAAUUUGGACGAGAGCGAGUGGGAGGACAUACAUGUCAUCACGGGAGCUUUGAAACUCUUCUUUCGCGAGCUUCCCGAGCCCCUCGUGCCGUACGGCUUCUUCACCGACAUUGUGGAGACAGUCAAAAUGUCAGACUAUAUGGACAAAAUCGAUCGCUUGAAGUGUCUGGUGCUCAACAUGCCUCCUCCAAACCACGACACGCUGCAGUUCAUGUGCCGCCACCUCAAACGAGUGUUGGAGCAUUCUGAAACGAACAGAAUGACCACCCAGAACAUCGGCAUCGUGUUCGGGCCGACGCUGAUGCGCCCAGAGCGGGAUAACGGCAACAUGGCAGUGAACAUGGUUUACCAAAAUCAGGCAGUGGAGCUCAUCCUCACUGAAUUUGACCACAUCUUCGGAACGAGAGGCCCCUCUUGAUCUUUUUGCUCCUUGACAUCAGACAAAAGCACAAGUAUUGGAGCAUUUGUCUUCCCUGCCUGUUGACUCAUAUGGUGUAAAAUGGAUUUCACAUCAAAAGAUAAUUACGGGGUAAAAAGAACCAGGACAGAAAGCUGCUAAUCAUGACAUCUGGCCUCCAUAUAAAGCCAUGCUAAAACAAUAAUAGUAAAACAAGCCAAUUUUAGCUCCAGUACUUGUGCCUUUGACUGCAGAUGUGGAGCCCAGCCCCGGUGAACUUCACUGCUGGAACAGACGCCUCCUUGUCACUUCUCCUUGAUGUUUCAGGCUUGAUCCGGAUAAAUAAAAAGCCGUAAAAGCGAUAAAUCUUCUCCAGCCUGUCCUGCUAGCAUGUUUCAGUCGCUAAUAAUCGAGGAUUGGGAGGAGGAAUGUGUCUUAAGCUAGCACUGAAACAAAACUUAGCAAAACCAUCUCACUGUGAAAACACAUGCACCAGCACCUCUUCAGACAAGGAUGGACAGAUCCUGCCUGCGUCGCUAGCGUGGCUAGACGUGCACAGGUGCCCACAUCUCCACCAUUUUUGCUGGGUUUAUUUGAAGGAAACAAAAGUAAAAGCAUGAAUUCAGUGGCAGGAUGAAUGUGCCAACAAGGCAGAAAAUGUUCCUUUUUACCAAAUAGUACUUUGUAGUGUCAGAGCAACCCUUAUUUUACUAAUUUGAAUCUGUCUUCUAUUUUUAAUAGUGCAAAUUCCUGAUGUUAAGUUAAAUAUAUUGUUGUAAAUAUGUGAAAUACUGUCUUUCUCAUCUAGUAGCACUUUGCAUACAGUGUUCAACCUAAAUAUUACAAUUAGCCAAAUUCAAACUGAUACUUUUGCUUUGAAAUGAAGAGUGUUGGAUCUGACUGUUUACUCUUCCUGCAAUAAAAAUAUGUGAACAAACUGA